AUGGCAUCUGCGAUUGAAAAUUACAGCGGGGGCCAAGUUGUCGACUGGUUCUUUACCACCGGCGACGAUGAUAGUCUUAUUUCGCUCAUUGAUCAGACUCGUAACGAAUGUUUUCCUGAGUUCUGCAAGGCCUUGACGUGGAAGGGCAACCCUGAUGUAUCGGGUAUCGGAGUCGAUGCAGCAUUCAUUAUCCAGGCUGUGUUUGCAACCGUAUUUCUACUCAUAUACAUUGGCUUCCAAAUUUCAGACACCAUAUACUUCCGACAGCACUUGGAAAAAGGAGACUACGAACACCUCAGUCCGGAGCAACCCCCUCGCGAGCAUCCUACCAAGAACAACACCUCUCAAGAACCGACACAGUCGAUGAAGAUCUCAGACCUCCGCAGAGCUUUCGACGACUGCCUUGAGCUCUUCUGGUCAACCUGCUACGUCUUUGCCUUCACGCUCGUCAUAGCAGCCCUCACGUUCAACGUCGUUUACAGAUCCGAAGGCCACAUCUACUCCGGAUACUUCGGCUACCUCGGAGCCGUCCACUCCGUCGCUGUCCUCUUAUGUCUCUGGCCAUGGUUCCCGGGACGUACCAAAUACCCGGUCCUCACAUUCUCCGGCCUCGUUGCGCUCCUCCUCCUAGUCACGGGCGUCAGCAUCACCUUCUUCAGCGAAACCAAAUCUCCUAAGAACAAGACGACCUUUGAGUCGGUAUGUCUCGAAGGCGGGCAAUCGACUCAUUACGUCCAGGGCCUCGUCAAGUAUACGCCUUACGCUACUCUGGCUCUCAUCAUCUUCUGGGGCGCCUCGCUGUUUGUUAUUCGGCGUAUCCGUCUGAGCUUUGUCAGCGAGAAGACCGACUUGGAUAUAACCAAGGAGAGCCGUGGUGCUUUGUCGCUGUACCUGGCUGUUACCGGGGUCUUGGGCGGUUUCCUGGUUCUUUCCAGUCUCGCCAUUGCUUGGGUCUUCCUGGUGUUUUUCAUGUACCUUCGCAACAAGGUUAGGAAGCUUUCUGGGCCUUCGUAUGCUGAAGACGAAUGGGGGUUUGGUCAGGUUGUUGCUGUGGUCGCUUGGAUGCCACUGCUUGGGCAGUUCUCUGCCAUAGUCGUGCGCAAACUAUUCGCCAGCCAAUAUCUCACUGACCACGCCAAAAAGUGGUUCGAGCCAGUCCCAGAGCAUCAAAGGCGAACACCUUGGAUUAUAGCUAAUGCCCUGCGCAAGACGAAGCCCCGGGCCGAAGAGAUGCCUUUAUCGCCAAUAUCCGGCCGUUCUUCGCAGUUACGACAGCAGCCAGCGAAAACUUGGUAG